AUGGAUAUAAUAAGUGAGCUUCCAGACGAUGUAAAGGACAAGAUUUUAGAGUGUUUGCCCACUCGAGAUGCUGCCAGAACUACUCUACUCUCGACUCACUGGAAAGAUGUUUGGUUGCGCCAUGAGCGGCUUGUGUUCGAUACCCACUUCUUUGAAUGUCUCAGAAAAUGUGAGGGUGAUAAACCCGUGGGGCUCAUCAAUGUUAUAAACCACAUUCUCUUGCACCGUGCUGCUCCGGUUAAGAAAUUUAGUUUGUGCAUUUCUUGUCCGGAAUUGGAAGGUCGUCCUAAGCCACAGCAGUCUGACAUAGAUUUUUUCUAUGAGGUUGAGUUUAAGAGUAGAAUUAAUGGAGGAGUCGUCUCUGAUCUUGAGAAGCUUUCUUUCCAUUUUUGUGUUGGGAUCAAUAAUUUUAAGAUCCGUGCUCCAAAACUGAAAAGCUUGGAUUAUUUGACUUUUGUUUUUCAUGCAUUUAAACCCAGAUGGUUGUCGCCUCAUCAUAGACUACUUAGUGCUUAUUGCUUAUAUUUGUUGUGGCUUGAUGAAGUUGUAGUAAUGGCACAGGAGUUCCCAACAACAAAUCUGCAAGUAAUAUGGGUGAUAGAUUCAGACUUUGGUCCGAUCACAAUUGAUUUGGAAUUGCUUGAAAGAUCCCCCAACCUAUGUGAACUGAAGUUUCAAGCAGAAAACAUGCUGUAUUCAAUUCCUAAUUUUGAAAAGCUGGUUUUGGAUGAUUGUGAAGGGAUUAGGAAUUUAGAGAUCAAACCUCCAAAACAUCAUUAA